AUGAAGCAAAAAAAUGAAAAAAUCUAACCUUUUGGUGGAGUGGUAGAAUCUUGCAACUAUAUAGUUAAACAGUAGAUUCAUAAUAUGGAAAAUAGUUAUACUAAAAAAACUAUAACGCUGAAAUUUGCUAAAUCUAGUUUUAACUCCUAUUUAAAAUUUUAAUUAAUUUUAGCAAUUAAAUGA